UUUCUCCGUUGGGGACCUUUGACAUUGUGAGCACGUUGCAUAAAGCUUCGGCUUUGGAUAGAGUGUCGAAGAAUGGUAAGCGCUUCAAGCCUUGGCUUUGAUUUGCUGCCUGAAAUCAGAACGGCCAAGCCACGACUCCCUGAUGACUCUGAGAAUUCGCCUUCACCACCUUCAUCUUGGCAGCUUUCAUCGUUUCCCUCGUUUGCUCCACCAGCCAGAUCAGUCUCUGAAGACUUCCAAGGACUCAUUGAUCUACUGGUGAAGCAACACGCACAGGAGCUGUCCGCAGCGAGGACUGGAACAGAAAGUGAAUUGACAGAGAAAAGGGCCGCCUCGAAGGUCAAACCUGGAAGGAACAGCUUCACAAGCUUAAACAGCAGCAAGGAGCGGUCGAAGAUUAGGCCUGGCAGAAAAAGCUUAGCAAGUUUGACCAGCGCUCAAAGCAGAAGGAGUCUGAGCAAAAGAAGACAUCAAAGCCAACUGGGUGAACUCAUUGCUGAGAGGCACAAAGACAUGCGAGAAAUCCACGCAGACGAGAUUUUGGAUGUGUGGACGGAGUCGCUGAAUUCUGGUAUGUUUCAGCAGGAACCGAUGAUGGCUGCCUUAAGGAAGAGCAGGACCAACCUCACAGAGAACUCUGAGAUCCCGCCGGAGGUCUAUCAGCGAAUGAGCUGUUUUCAGCGGAUCCAAGCUUGGUUGGAAUCUCACAACUAUGAGGUCCUGAUUGCUUUUGUGCUUUGCCUGAACGUUUUGUGGAUGGCCUUUGAGCUUCAGGUCUAUGGCUCUAUGAGCGGAUGGGAAUUGGGGAUAUAUUCCGAGCCAAUCCUUCCGCCCGAAGGCCUGCUGGACAUCGAGCAUGUUUUCCAGAUUGCAGAUUUGGCUUUCACAUGUUUCUUCGUGUUGGACGUGAUGAUACGGAUCGCUGUGCUCCAAAAGAGAUUCUUCAAAGUUCCCAUGAACUACCUUGACCUGGCCGUUAGUGUCACGUCUCUGGUGGAGAUUGCCUUCCAAGCGUUGACUUUGCCGGUGAACCCCGUGCUCUUCCGGUUGUUGCGAAUCGGCAAGCUAGCCAGGGCCUUCCGGAUGGUAACCAUGACUAGUGUGCUUGCUUCCUUGCAACUUCUCGUGAAGUGCUUGGCAUCCAGUAGCAACAUGCUCUUCUGGAGCUUUUGCCUGCUGACCUUCGUGCAGUGUGUUGCUGGACUCAUCAUGGCCACACUUUGCCGCGAUUUCUUCACUGAUCCCUUCUACGACCAAAGCAUUCGAGAACAAGUCUUCCUCUACUAUGGCACCUUUAGCCGAACCUUCCUGACUAUGUUUGAGGUGCUUUUUGCCAACUGGGGACCUGCAUGCAGGGUACUGACCGAAAACUACAGCGAGUACUUCUCAGUUUUCUUCCUCUUUUACAGGUGUGUUUUGGGCUUUGCAGUGUUAAAUGUGGCGAAUGCAGUCUUUGUGCAGCAAACGAUGAAGACAGCAAGUUCCGAUGAAGAACUUGCAUUUAAACAGAAGGAGAAAGACACCCAAAUGUAUAUCCGAAAGGUGAAGAAGCUCUUCCAAACAAUCGACGAAAGCGGCGAUGGCUCAAUCAGUUUGGAGGAAUUUGCAAAACUGGUCCAGUCACCAAAGCUCAAGUUCUGGAUGAGCCAGUUGGAACUUGAGUAUCACGAUUUGUUGAGCCUUUUCGAGUUUUUGGACAAUGGAGACGGUGAAAUUACGCUCAUGGAAUUUGUCGAAGGAGCUGGGCGAUUGAAAGGUACUGCGAAGACAUUGGACAUUUGGCGGAUCGAAACCAAACUUGAGGUUCUUUUUGAAGAGGUCUUGGACAAGUUGAGACCGAAACAACUUGGUGAAGAGGAUGAUGACAAUAGCGAAAUUCACAAAUCCGAUAACUCGAUUGUGGAGGAUGUGUUCAACAAAUCACAGUUCCGCCACAUCAGGACAACGAAAAAUCAGAAUGGCAUGAACCCAAGUGGUCCGAGUUCCCCCGGAAGCCAACCUUCCAGCCCGGGUUCUGACACGCAGAAGUGGAUUUCUGAGGCCCGACUGAAAUGACAAUAUUGUGAGAAUAGGAAUGUGCUAUAAUCAUGACAAACUGUUGAUUUCUUUGGCGCAACACCGUGUG